CAUCGAUUCGUUGAGUAUCUCGUGCCACUUCAUCUUAUUUCUCGUUCCAGCUAUAUAGGCAACAUCGCAUCGAGCUCCUCCUCUCCAUCGCACCUUCAACAGCCAGCCCUUCCCUCGCUCCGCUGCCGAUACCCGCCCUCUACAUCUUGCUCUACACACCGCUAAGCGCCUAUCAGACGCAUAAUGGCCGACGCUAAGGCACAGAAGAGACAGAAGUUUGAGAGCAUCUUCCCUGUCCUCCGCGAUGAGCUCCUCGGCUAUCUCAAGCAGGAGGGCAUGCCAGAUGAUGCAAUCACUUGGUUCCAGCGCAACCUCGACUACAACGUCACAGGCGGGAAGCUCAACCGUGGGAUGUCUGUUGUCGACUCCGUCGAGAUCCUCAAGGGACGGAAGCUUACCGACGACGAGUACUUCAAGGCUGCUCUUCUCGGCUGGGGUGUCGAAUUUCUCCAAGCCUAUUACCUCGUCUCGGACGACAUGAUGGACCAAUCGAUUACUCGCCGUGGACAACCAUGCUGGUACCGCGUCGAGGGCGUGAACUUACUUGCUAUCAAUGACGCGUAUCUGCUCGAAGGCUCCAUCUACUAUCUCCUCAAGAAGCACUUCCGCUCCGAGCCGUACUACGUCUACCUCCUCGACGUUUUUCACGACACAACUUUCCAGACCGACAUCGGGCAACUGAUUGACCUCAUCACUGCCCCCGAGGAUAACGUCGACUUGAGCAAGUUCUCGCUUGCAAAGCACCAGAAGAUCGUCAUCUUCAAGACCGCCUACUACUCCUUCUAUCUCCCUGUCGCCCUCGCCAUGUACAUGUGUGGCAUUCCCCACUCAUCGACGAACGACCCCUACGAGCUCGCGCAGAAGAUUCUUGUCCCGCUUGGCGAGUACUUCCAAGUCCAGGACGACUUCCUCGACUUCGCUGCGCCUCCAGAGGUACUCGGUAAGGUUGGCACGGACAUCAUCGACAACAAGUGUUCAUGGUGUGUCAACACCGCGCUCGCGAUUGCAACCCCUGCGCAACGGAAGGUCCUCGACGAGAACUACGGCGUGAAGGAUAAGGCAGCCGAAGCGCGUGUGAAGGCGCUGUACGAAGAGAUUGGCAUUCGGAAGAGGUACGCCGAGUAUGAAGAGGGUGCAUACGAGCGAAUCAUAGGUCUCAUCGAGACUAUCCCUACCGAGGGUGCGGACGUCGGCGCGGGAGACGUGGAGUUGAAGAGGGAAGUGUUUAAGGUGUUCCUCGACAAAAUCUACAAGAGGCAGAAGUGAGUCGCGCGCGGCAUUUGAUUAGGGCGAGGGCGAGGGCGGCAGCCAGAAGUGGAUGUCGGUUCUGUAGUACAAAAUAGCUAGUCAUGUUCCUCCUGUACGUUUGAAGUACGUAUGUGGGAAUACGACUUCGUGUUCUAGCUCAAAC